AUUCCCUUUCCAUUCCCAUAUACUUGGCCGGCUCGUCAUGAGGUUUUCCAUGGUGAUGUGCAAACCGACGGCACAGCCCUUGCUCGACGCAGCGGGCCUGGUCCGAAGGUCGGAAAUGGACUUUCUGAUCCCUUGGCGUCGGAAGGAGAAGGUCGUGCUGAUAUUAGGUGCGACCGGGACCGGCAAGUCUAGGCUCUCCAUCGACAUCGCGUCCCGUUUCCCCGUCGAGAUCGUGAACUCUGACAAAAUCCAAGCGCACAAGGGGCUUGAUGUCGUCACCAACAAGAUCACCGAGGUGGAGCAAUGCGGCAUCCCCCACCAUCUUCUUGGGACGAUCCCUCCCGAUGCGGACUUCACGGCAUCGGACUUUUGCGACUCUGCACUGCUUGCCAUCGAGUCAAUUAGGGCCCGUGGCAACACCCCUGUUAUUGUCGGAGGCUCGAAUUCAUACAUUGAGGCCUUGAUCACGGACGGUGAUUACCGGUUUCAAUCAAAGUACGAAUGCUGCUUCCUAUGGGUCGACACGGCCAUGCACGUGUUGCACUCAUUCGUGUCUAAGCGGGUCGAUAAGAUGGUCGAGAGGGGAAUGGUCGAAGAGGCGAGGAACUUCUUUGAUCCCGACGCGGAAUACUCAAGGGGAAUCUGGCGCGCCAUCGGGGUUCCUGAACUGGACUUCUUCUUCCGUACCGAGAAGUUCUUGGACCUACAAGCCCGUGCUCGGUUGCUCGAAGAAGCGAUAGAGGAAAUCAAGAACAACACGUGCAAAUUGGCAUACCGCCGAUUGGAGAAGAUCCACAGGCUCCGUAACCUGAAGGGUUGGAAUCUGCACAGGAUGGAUGCGAGACCAUCUUAA